AUGACCUCACAAACCCGGCAUGUCGUCCUCCGCUGGGGGCACGGCGGGGGGCCUGCAGGCAGCUCUCUGCGUGUAGCUGGGCCGAAUCCCCUCGGUCGCCGCUGUGGCCGUUCGCUGCCGCGUUUCUCCACGGCACUGAACCCCUCUUGUCGCUGUCUACCCGGAACACACCUCGGAGUACGUUGUGAAGGAGCUGUCCUGUCCCUUCAUGCAGUCACGCUGUUUUGUGUCUUUCUGUUCAGCUUCCUUGUGUUUCUGAGGUACCAGAUUUAUUAUGAUUACCCUCUACAGACAUACCUGGAAUAUCCCAUCAUCAUUGCACAAGAUGUCGUUCUCCUUUUGUUUAUUCUGCGUUUCAGUGGAAACAUGAAACGAGCUUUGCUCUAUGCAGUCACAUUUGGAGGGGGCUGGUACAUGCUAACACUCCGGAAGUGGAUAAUAGACCUGGCCAUGAAUUUGUGCACGCUCAUCAGUGCGGCCAGUAAGCUGGCGCAGCUGCGGUGUCUCUGGGAGACAAAAGACUCUGGACAAGUGAGCGCCUUGACCUGGAGUAUGUCUGCAUACACCUGCGCAACAAGAAUAUUUACAACUGUGAUGACUACGAACGAUCUCGCAGUUCUCAUCCGUUUCAUAGCCAUGCUCAUUCUCAAUAUUUGGGUCACAGCCACAAUCCUGCACUACAGGAAGACUAGAAAGACUGAUUAGAAGACGCUCGUCAGCACGCACCACAGUUACUGUCAAACACACCUGAUACAACUAAGCUUAAGCAACAGAACAAAGGCUGAGGCAGCUCUCGCGCGCUCUCUCUCGAGCCCAGCAUUUACCCCGCAGCGUACUUGGUACAGUCAUGCUCAUUUUCUCUUAGAAGCAAUUCUGAUAAGAUACUGAAUUUAAGCAGCUUAUUUUUAUUGGUCAUUUAAGAGAAGUUUCACUGAUACCACAUUUUCUCUGGAUUUUUCUACUAAAUGAACAAGGUAUUUUGUAUUUAGAUGUUUAUAUGCUCCUGUAUCGCCGCAGUACUUUCUGGUUACGUAUAAGCAAUUUUCUUCAAUUCUACAAGAGCGAUUCUGCACCAAGAUACCAGCUCAUCUUUCUGCGUCUGCUGCAAGUCUGUGAAACAGCAGAUGUUUGUCUUCUUGCAAGCAACUUAAUUAGCUUGACAUUAGCUAUCUGUAUUUUAGGAUGAAGACAAUCUGAGUCAAGGCCCAAUUCCAAAUCAGGUUCUAAACGUGUGUUACCAGGUCACAACUCCGGUUGGGGUUGUAGCGCUUAGGUGCCACACUUAAAUAGGCCAAUUUCUACAGCUGGUGCAGGAUACCUCUGCUCACCUUCUCCAGUAGAUCCAGGUUUUACUGGGGCAAGAGCAAAAACUCAAAUUCUUCAUUUCCAGCGCAAGCUCUCCUUCACUGAACGUUGCGGUUUGGGAACAGCAGAGAGUAGAAUGCGCAGAAAUUAAUGAAAUUUUGACCAGCAGAGUUAAAACUUCUGUCCAAGGAAAAGUUCCUGAGCCGGUACCCAGACCCCAGACGCGCUCCGUGCUGGCAGCGACUGGUUUCUAGCUGCAGCCGGGCGUGCCGAAGUGGAGCUGUCCCCCGGAGCCGCCCGCUCUGUGCUUCCGUAGCCUUCAGCCUGCGGCGCGAAGCGUGCUGGAGAACGCUGCAGUUCUUACUUUGGUGAUUCUAAUUGGUUUAGGAAAGGGAAAGGAUAUUCUUGAGGACUGUUAACGGGGGAUUUUGCUUUCGGAAGGAGCGCCUUCCCAACCGAAUGUUACAGGGCUGAUUGCGCUUUUCCAAAAGAGCUCGUAGGGUGUUGCUGCUGGGUGGCAUUGGACCCAAGGCACCCUUGAUCCUGACACCCCCGAAAACGACAGGAAGCCCACGCUGACAACACGUGUGGCAGGUUUUCCCGGCAGGAUGCUAAGUCGCUGG